GCCGCCAACCUGACCGGCAGCCACAAGCUGAAGCCGCUGGUCAUCGGGCGGCUGCCGGAUCCGCCCAGCCUGCGCCACCACAACCAGGACAAGUUCCCGGCCUCCUACCGCUACAGCCCCGACGCCUGGCUCAGCCGCCCGCUGCUGCGGGGCUGGUUCUUUGAGGAAUUUGUCCCGGGCGUCAAACGCUACCUGCGCCGAAGCUGCCUGCAGCAGAAGGCCGUGCUGCUGGUGGCCCAUCCGCCCUGCCCAAGCCCAGCUGCCAGUAUGCCCGCCCUGGAGGACAGCGAGGAUGCCCCCGUGCGGUGCAGGCCGGAGCCCCUCGGCCCUCCGGAGGAGCUGCAGACACCGGAUGGCGCUGUGCGGGUGCUGUUCCUGUCCAAAGGCAGCAGCCGGGCACACAUUCCCGCACCGCUGGAGCAGGGCGUGGUGGCCGCCUUCAAGCAGCUGUACAAGCGCGAGCUGCUACGGUUGGCUGUGUCCUGCGCCAGCGGCUCCCCGCUGGACUUCAUGCGCAGCUUCAUGCUCAAGGACAUGCUCUACCUGGCCGGCCUCUCCUGGGACCUGGUGCAGGCGGGCAGCAUUGAGCGCUGCUGGCUGCUGGGCCUGAGGGCCGCCUUCGAGCCCCGGCCGGGCGAGGACAGUGCUGGGCAGCCGGCCCAGGCUGAGGAAGCUGCUGAGCACAGCAGGGUGCUCAGCGACCUCACUCACCUGGCAGCUCUGGCCUACAAGUGCCUGGCUCCCGAGGAGGUUGCAGAGUGGCUGCAUCUGGACGAUGAUGGGGGUCCACCCGAGGGCUGCCGGGAGGAGGUGGGCCCAGCCCUGCCCCCUGCAGCCCCUCCGGCCCCAGCCAGCCUGCCUUCUGCCAUUGGGGGAGGAGAGGAGGAGGAGGAGGCCACGGAGUACGGAGGGACCUCGGUGCCCACUGCCGGGGAGGCUGUGCGAGGGCUAGAGACAGCUCUGCGGUGGCUGGAGAGCCAGGACCCCAGAGAGGUGGGGCCACUGAGGCUGGUGCAGCUGCGCUCACUCAUCAGCAUGGCCCGGAGGCUGGGGGGCAUCGGGCAUACCCCAGCAGGCCCAUAAGAUGGUGUGUGACCAGACCAGCCCAGUGACCUUUCUCCUGCUGCACUUGGAGGGAGGGGACACACACAGUCUCCCAUCUCCCUUCCCCCGGGGUGGCCCACCCCAUGGGUACAGGGGGUUCCAGGAAUCCAAGUCCAGCCUGGCUUGGAGGAGCUCUGUUGGUGAGAGGUUGCCCUGCCUCACUGGCACCCCAGUCUCCUGGGGGCCCAGCUGGAAGAGGCCUGGCCCAUUCUCCUCUCAGGGCAGGCAUGUAUGCGGGGCAUACAAGGCACAGCACCUGUCGGAACAGGUGACUGUGUUCCCGCUCUGGCCCCCGUGGGGCUGGGCCUCUGCCCCUGUACCAGUCGAAUGCACUGGAUGAGGGCCGACACUCCUGUCUGCUGUCGAGCCCUGGUGCUACGUGGCCCCAGAGCCACAGCGCAGUCAUCUCAGUGGCAAAGCACACCACUUGGUUCUAUUUUUUUUUAAACACAUUAAAUCUGUUUUUAAAGAUA